AUGGCUGACUCUGCACAACAUCCCAAUUUAAACCUAACACCCGAAGAAAAGCGAGUGUUCUAUCAAUUGUUCCAAACCGCCGAUAAAACGAAUUUGGGAGUUAUCACCGGGGAAACGGCGGUUUCAUUCUUUGAGAAGACAAACUUGGCGCCUGAGACCCUGGGCUUGAUAUGGCAAAUUGCGGAUACACAGAAUCGCGGGCUUUUGACGCCCUCAGGGUUUGGAAUAGUGAUGAGAUUGAUUGGCCAUGCGCAGGCUGGUCGACAUCCAACAGAGGAAUUGGCCUUGCAGCCUGGCCCUCUACCUAAUUUUUCUGGUCUCAACAUAGACCUACCGACCGCAACAAGCCCACCCCCAAAUAGUGCCCCUCUCAGAGUACCGCCGUUAAAUCCUGAUGACGUCGCCAAGUUUUCCGCUCUUUUUAAUAAAUCAGAUACGCAAAAUGGAUUCAUCUCUGGAGAGACCGCAAAACAGAUAUUCGAACGAGCUCGUCUACCCAAUGAAAUUCUGGGCAGAAUAUGGAAUCUAGCGGAUUCAAUGCAACGUGGUGCUUUGGACGCUACGGAAUUUAUAAUUGCUAUGCAUCUUUUAACUGCCUAUAAAUCAGGAGCUUUAAGGGGAAUACCCCAGUCACUUCCACCGGGCUUGUAUGAAGCUGCGGCGCGGCGCGGAGUUGCUCGGAAUUCAACAGGCUCUCGAUCCAUACCAGAUGUCCCGCCAGUACCUGCCAUUCCGAAGCAAUUCAGUGGGCCAGGCCAUGUACCGCGUGCACAGAGUCCAUUAAGCCAGGUGCACACAGGAAACGAUUGGUUAAUCACUCCACAAGACAAGGCGCAUUUUGAUAAUGUGUUUUCAACCGUAGACAAAGCAAGAACUGGGUAUAUUAAUGGCGACCAAGCAGUUGGCUUCUUUACUAAUGCUAGACUGCAAGAGGAGGUUUUGGCACACAUCUGGGAUCUAUCAGACAUUGACUCUGAUGGCCAGCUAAGUAGGGAUGAGUUUGCUGUUGCAAUGUAUCUGGUCCGCCAGCAGCGAACAACAAAAGAACCUCUACCACAGACCUUACCCCCUAAUCUGAUCCCUCCUAGCAUGCGACGUUUAAACGCCCGCCCAGUUCAGCCUCAGACAACUGGAGCUAGAUCAGCUGCUGAAGACCUCUUCGGCCUUGAUGUGUUCACAGCUCCUACCCAGGUGGCACAGUCUACAGGAGGCUCUGGCUCACAGUUCCAGCCACCCUCUUCACCAACACGCCAACUUCAGUCCUCCACAUUUAAGCCCUUUGUGCCAUCGUCCUCCUUUGGUCAGAGCCUAGGACCUAUUGUUGCUGGCAACCCAGCCCAGGGAGCACAACACCCUACAGCAUCCCCAUCAGAUGACUUGCUUGGAGACGCGGACCCGGAAGAAAGCAAGAAGCUAACCCAGGAGACUACCGAUCUUGCAAAUCUUUCAAACCAGGUGGGCACGCUUUCGAAGGAGAUGCAAAAUAUACAGACCAAGCGCGGCGCUGCCGAGCAAGACAUAGGGCAAGUUGAUCAACAAAAGAAGGACUUUGAAGCUAGGCUUGCACAGGCUCGAACGAUGUAUGAAAACGAAGUCAAGUCGCUCAAGGCUCUGGAGGAGCGGCUAGCAACUUCUCGGGCGGAGUGUAAGAGACUUGAGCAGGAGUUCUCCCUGAUCGAGGCCUCUCGUCGCGAUUUGGCAACUCAGUACAACCAAGUGGCAGCAGCAUUGGAAGCUGAUCAACGCGAAAAUGCUUCUUUGAAAGAAAAGAUCAAACAAGCAAAUGCGCAGACCAGUCAGCUGAAGCCACAACUGGAGAAGACUCGAUCCGAGGCUCGUCAACAAAAAGGGUUGGUUGCUAUCAACAAGAAGCAGCUUGCGACUGUUGAAGCCGAACGGGAUCGUCUCCAGGAAGAACUCAAUCAAUACAGCCAGCCAAACGAAGGGUCAGAACGGGAUGCCACUGCCCCCGAGUCUCAUAAUUCACCAUUCGAAAGCCCUGCUGCCUCAACUAGCAGCCAGGCUAGAAACCCAUUCUUUAGACGGGGAACAGGUAUGUCAUCGCCAGGUACUCUAUCUCCCCAGGCAACUGGUCAGAAACAACCAGCGAAUGACAACCGCAAUGUUUUUGAUAAUGUGUUUGGUCCCACCUUUACUAUGCCAUCGACAUCCACUCCACCUCCACAAACCACAUUCAGGGCCGCAUCACCUCAAACCGAUGUUGCGAAAGAAGGGUCCACCUCUGAAGCCGGCAGGAUAGCUAGCGGUUCGUUCUCACCAUCUUCUGCCUUUAAUAAUCAAUUCGGGAGUCCUUCUGAGCCACCAGCACCACCACUUUCAAGGCAGAUCACUCCAAACAACCUUCCUCUUGAGGGGCACAUUGCAUCUGCAACUUCAUCCAACAGACCUUCCCCACCAGCCAGUCGUUUUGGCACAUCAGUGAUUUCAGGUGCGGAUACAUUAAAAAAGCAAACUUCUCCUUUCGACGAAGAGCCACACGAUGAAGAGGCCAGCUCUGGGGAAAUCACCACGAAGGUUGGAGAAGAUGCGCAACCAGAUCUUCCCGGGGCCUUCCCAACAAAUACUACACCACAGCCCGAAGCCAAGAAAGAAGUUAGUUUCGAUGAACUCUUCGGCGGUGUAGCGCAUGCCCGAUCUCCAUCACAAAAGGCCUCGGAUUUUGAAGAAGCAUUUGCAUCCAUGAAGAAACCAGCUGGCAAGACAGAAGGUGAAAAGGACAAGUCCAAUGGCACUGCUGCGGAUAGCAACGAAUUUCCUCCUAUUAGGGAAUUUGAUGAUGACGAUGAUUCUUCUGAUGAUGAGCAUGAUGGGUUCGAUGAUGAUUUCACCGCGACAUCCCCACCGAAAAAGGCUUCUUCCCCUUCACAAGAGGCAUCAAAUAACACGGCCGAAAAUUUCUCUUUCCCUCCAAUAGAAUCAUUUAACAAACCUACAUCUCCGCCACCCGGACCGGGAACUCAAACCACCCCUCCCGAAUUCAAGGGCUUGGUUCCAGGAAGACAUGACCCGACUGCACCGGGUGAAGCACCUCAUUCGGUUGAGUCAACAACAAAAGAUCCUAUUGUAGGAGGCGUUCCCCAGCAUGGAGCUACAAAUAUGAAGCCAACAAAUCCUGAUUUCGAAGCCGCCUUUGCAGGUCUAGAUCUAACCCCAGCACAAGAAGUCGACGAUGAUAUUGAAGAUGACGAUAACUUCGAGAGCGCUUUCAAUAGGGACGCGUCUAAUUUCGAUAUGUCGUUCGAUUCACCACCCAAACAAUCUAAGGCUACAAAUAACUUCAACAACACCGAUUUCUUCUCGUUCCAGUCUAGUGCUAGUGGAAGCUCCAACCCUGCCACAGCCACUUCAGCAAAUAAAUCUCCUUUCUCCAAUGAAGCACCUUCGGCCGGCUCAGGGAAGAAUACCAGCUCAGGCCAUGACUGGGAUGCUCUAUUUUCUACCCUUGACUCGACCAAGGCUGCUGCCAGUGGGAACAAAGAUGGCACAAAGUCUCCUCCUUUGGGAGGGCACGCCGCAACAGACAGUGCCUCGGCUAUGUCACCCCAACAGCCUCCCGGCCAGAGCAAGCCUGCUGGAUGGGCCUUGGAUUCCAAUACAGGUGAAGAUGAUAUGAUCCUCCAGCGACUAACUGGUAUGGGCUACCCACGCGAUGAGGCUCUAGCUGCCUUGGAGAAAUUUGAUUACAAGCUUGAUGAAGCUGCCGAUUUCCUCGCUUCAAAGUCAUGA